CCGGGUCACCGUAUCCGCACAAGUGACCGAAUCAGCUGAUCACUUUCGCUGUCAAUCAAUUCCCAGAAAUGAUAUCUAAGAUAUUUCGUACAAUAAUUAUUGGACCCCCUGGUUCUGGUAAAGGAACUAUUUCAACGCGAAUAGUGAAGGAUUUUGGCAUGAAACACUUAUCAAGUGGCGAUAUUUUACGUAAACAGAUAUUGGAUGGUACAGCUGCGGGAUCAACAGCUAAACAGUUUAUAGAUAAAGGUCAACUAGUCCCAGAUAAUGUAAUGGUACAACUUAUUAUUAAUGAACUCAAAAAAAUUCAAGGCAACAGCUGGCUGUUAGAUGGUUUUCCCAGAACAUUGACACAAGCCAAAUCUUUAUAUGAAGAGGAACCAGUAGAUGUCGUUGUAAAUUUAAAUGUACCAUUUAAUGUGAUUAUUGAGAGAAUAGAGAAACGAUGGACACAUAUACCCAGUGGUAGAAUCUAUCAUACAGAGUUUAAUCCACCAAAAUUGCAGGGUAAAGAUGAUAAAACUGGUGACGAUCUGAUACAGCGAGAUGAUGAUAAACCAGAAACUGUUCGUAAACGUCUAGAAACAUUUCAAAACCUUACACAACCUGUCUUAGAAUUUUAUAGAUCAAAAAAUAUUCUUGCUGAAUUCACUGGAAGUUAUUCUAAUGAAAUCUGGCCAGAAGUUCACAAGUUAUUGUCCACCUAUAAAUCUCCUCUACAGUAUACAGAAUAUAAGUAAUUUUAUACCCGUUAUAAAUAUCUAUCGGUGCUUAUUGUGCACACCAAAUUCUAUGUUAUAAUAAAUCUAAUCAUUUCAACCAUGAGUCUGAUAACAACAUCUUUGGUUGUGAUAGAUUUAUGAUAUUUAUAAAAAACUUACUGUGAUAUUAUAAACAUGAUUGAUUUCAAAUUGGUCAGUAGAUUUUGUGACAUUUUAACUUUAUCUUGAAUUCUUUUAAUAGAACUUUAAAUUUUAGUCAUUAAAAUGUGUUCAUCUUUGAAUCCGGUAACAAGAAAACUUUUAAAAAAUGAAUUAUCAUAUUUUUAGAAACACCAUUAAUAUAUAGAUAGCCCUUUUACAAAAUAUUUGUAUUAAAAAUAUGAUGUUCUAUGUCAUUGUUGGCAAAGGUUCCUUUUUUUAUACGCCCCCAUUUUCAUGCGGACGUAUAUUGUCGUCGCCCCUGUCUGUUCAGACAUCCUCCCAUCCGUUCACAUUUUUUCUUUGUGGACACUAUACAGGUCACAAUUUUUAUCCAAUUUUGACGAAACUUCAAAAAUAUAGGUUUAUAUCCCAAAGAUAUCGGACAGGACCUUCCUGAAUUAUGACCCAUAAUUGUACGAAAAAUCAGGUUUUUAACUUGUGGACAUUCUCUAGAGGUCACAAUUUUUAUCCGAUUUCGAUGAAACUUAAAAUAUAUGUUCAUAUAUCGUUUAUAUCCCAAAGGUCUGUGUUCCUUUCGAUACGGAUGAGGGCCUGACAAGGACAGCUGUCUAGUCGCUCGGAUGGGAUGAAAAACUGAGGUCCCGUGUACACAUUGGCGUGCACGUAAAAGUUCCCUUGACAGUUGGAAUUGAGUAGGCAGCAGUGCCGCUGUCCGGGCAAAAUUUCACGUCUUCAUAAGCCCACUGCGGAGCAGAACAGUAGGAUGUUAAACCUGUAUCGGACUGUAACUUCCUUGAUUAUGGUCCCUGAUUGUACGAAAAAUCGCUUUUUCUUUUUAGCUUGUUCUCUGUCCAUCUCUUGCAAAAUGUGGGGAUAUCUUGCAUGGCAUUUGCUUGUUCUUCUCUAAGACAGAUUAAUCAAGUUGUAAGAAAAUAACAAAUGUAAGUUCAAAUUUAGAAAGUAUUUGUACAAGGUAACGGUAUGUCAAUAUUUGUAAACUUGAUAUACCAGUAGUUUAUGAUUGGCAGUAUGUGGUGUAAAGGUCAACACAAGCCUUUCUGGGCUUAUUGUCAUUUUUUGUAUCUGAAUACCAAUCAAUUACCAUGUAACAAAUUAAAUCAAGAGCCAUAAAAACUUCAAGGAUUAUGUAGAAGUGAUAAUAAGUACUGGUCUACCACUCUGUCAUAAAAUUAUUAUGCUUUUCAUAGCAAUAAUAUCUCAAAACAUACAUUAGAAAAUGUUUUUAAAUUAAUUUUAUUUGUAAUAUUAGUUGUUGGUCCCCUUUUUUACAAAUAUGUUUAAAAAUUUGCUCAAUUUAUCGAGGCUCAGAAGUUAUUUAACAGAAAUCAUGUUUAUUGUUAUAUUAAAAGAGUUCUACCAUUUCUUUAUAAUCAGUUAUAUCAAAUAUGGUCGCUUGCAUUCUUUCAGAAACACAAUUAUUGUCCCCGGCCUAUCGAAGAAAGCAGGGGACUUUUAAAAGGGGUUCGUCCUUCUGUCUGUCUGUCUGUCCGUCUGUCUGUCGCACCUUUUGGGACACAAUAACUCUCCUUCUAAUUGAGCUAGAAUGUUCAAACUUGGUGUGGGUAUUUAUUAAGUCAAUACCUUGAUGGAGUUCAAAGAUGAACAUUUUCUGCUUAGGGUAAGCAGAGAUAAGCAAUUUGAUUGGUUGAUGCUUUGGAACACGAUAACAUUAGUUCUAAUUAAGUGAGAGUGAUGAAAUUUGGUGUAUAGUUUUAUUACAUCAAUACCUUGACUAAGUUUGAUAAUGAGCAUUUUCUGCUCAGGGUAAGCGGAGCGAUAAGCAAUUUGAUUGGUGGAUACUGUGAAACACAAUAACUCUCCUUCUAAUUGAGGUAGAAUGUUCAAACUUGUUGUAGGUGUUUAUUAGGUGAAUGCCUUGAUGGAAUUCGAUGAUAAACAUUGUCUGCUUAUAAUUAUGGUAAGCAGAGAUAAGCAAUCUGAUUGAUGCUUUGGGGCACAAUAACUUUGGUUUUAUUUAAGUGAAAGUGAUGAAACUUGGGAUAUGUAUUCCUUAUAACCUAAGGAAGACAACUGCAUGUCCCAACCCCCAGGGACAGAGCCACGCCCAAUUUUUGUGUUUAUCGUUUACAGUCCGCAAUUCUGAAUGGAUCAACUUGGCAUAUGUGAUCCUUGUAACCUGAGGGCGUCAACUAUUGAUUUUGGUGAAUGCCCCAACCUCCAGGGGCAGAGCCACGCCCAAUUUUUUCCUUUAGCACCCAAAGGCCUCAAUUCUGAAUGGUAAACUUAUACCCUAAGGACGGCAACUAUUGAUGUUGGUGCACAACCCCCUCCCCCACCCCCACUCCCUGCCCUUUCAGCGGUGCCACACCCACUUUUUGUUGAUAUUUUGUCUGUAAAUGAUAUACAGGUUGCAAUUAUUAAUAGAUUUGGAUCCAAUUCGGAAUGAUCCAGCAUAGGGUUGUACCUAUAUAUAUUGGUCUAUGUCCAACAACCAGGGGCAGAGCCACGCCCAAUUUUUGUAUUUUUUGUCUACAGGCUGGAAUUCUUAAUGGAUCAUCUUGGAUCUUGGCAUAUUUAUUCCUUAUACUGUAAGGAUAGCAACUAUUUUUUUUGGUGCAUGCCCCGACCCCCAGGGAUGUGGUACCACACCCUCUUUUUUGUUAGUUUUUAUCGGUAAAUACUCUAUAGGUUGCAAUUAUUAACAGAUUUUGUUCAAAUUCAGCAUAUGAAUCAUUUCAAUAACAGGAUGGUACCUAUUUACAUUGUUCCAAAUCAAAACCCCAGGGGCGGAGCCAUGCCCAAUUUUUGUAUUUACCGUCUACAGACUGCAAUUCUGAAUGGAUCAUCUUGGAACUUUGGAUAUUUAUUCCUUAUACCGUAACGACAGCAACUAUUUAUUUUGGUGCAUGCUCCGAUUCCCUGGGGCAUUUUCACAGCCACUUUUUUGUUAAUAUUUUGUCUGUAAAUUUGGCAUAACAAACCCAACGCCUAGCCUUCUUUGCCUCUUGUCAUAUUACAGCCAUUUCAUAUUUCAUUCUCUUUAUUUUAAAAAGUACCAUAUCAAUCAAAGUAGGAAUGUGGACGUAUAUUGAGGCAUUAGCAAUGCUCUUGUUGUUGUUUUUUUAUCAGAAAAAAUAGUGUAUAUACAUGUACUAGACCUUUUAUGAAGCAUUUACUUUUAUAUGACAAUAGCUAAUUAUGUGGAAAUAAUAAACAAUCUUUAUUAAAAUACAUUAGGAAGAAAUUACAUGCUUGUUGUAAAAAGACGGUUAUAAGUAGGUCUUAUUUAGAUCAAUCAUACUUUUUAAAAUGUUUUUCUUUUAAUCACUGUAUGACUUAAACUGUAAUCUAAUUAUUCUCUUUCUAAAAUAUAUGCAAAUAAGCAUUAGCACUCUGAAGGUCUUGACCAGUUGAUAAAACAAUAAUUUUCGAUUUGGAGUGAUUUGACUAUACACUUACAUUGUAAAUUUCAAAUUAGAUUGUAUGCAAAAUUUGGGACAGUUCUGCCAAGCCAUCACUGGCAUGUCAAUUUAAGAGUUGUACCAAUUUAUUAGUGAUUAGAGUUUAAAAUACAAUAUGUGACACUGUGUACCUAUAUUUAGAUAUACUGAUGGGCAAUAAGUUACAGGAUAAUUGAAUAUAAGAAAAUAUGAUAUACUGUAAUUAGGUAUGUUGUUAUUUUAUAUAUUUCAUAUACAUAAACUGAUUCAUCCAUUAUAAUUUUUAUAAACUUUUUGUAUACAUUGAUGAUUUUAAUAAAUAAUAGUCCUGUU